AUGAACGCCGCAGGCUCUGGGGAGACCAAGGAGAAUGAUGAGGCCGAGACAUUCAUCUCGCUUGCCAGAUCCGAUCCCGCUACUCUCCGAGACAGCGCGACAGCCGCCAGCCUCGCUCGCUUCAUCAGUGCCAAUCUCAGUCAUCUUAUGCUGAGGCCAAUUGAGGAUUUUCCCCUUACUGAGAAUUUGACCUCGAUUGGUUUGGACUCCAUCAUUUCGAUUGAGUUGGUGGACUGGAUUCAUCAACAGUUCCACAUUGGUUUAACCUCUAUGGAAGUCACUCAGUGUACUUCUCUGAUCCAUCUCGCUGAGAAGAUCAUCGAAGAAGUCAUUGCAUCCGUGUGA